AUCGGCCUGCUGGGUGUGGUUUCUACAGUCUGUGGUACCGUUAGCAGGAAAUCCAGCUCCGGUCCAUUUCACUGAGAGGCGAAACAAAGGAGGAGAAAUCACGACAUUUCCACGGUUGAAGGCGGCUCCUCUUCUUCCUCCGCUUCUUCUUCUUCUUCUUCUUCUGCUGUGAGAGUAGCGCUGGGUAGUUUCCUGGAGACGGAAGACGUUUGUUUGGCGCCGUUGUUCUGAUGGGAAAAAGUUUUCUGCUGCUCUAGCGCUGACUCCUCGUCUCUUUGAAUAAAGUCGAAACCCCAUUUCUCGGUGAAGCGGACGUGAAAGGAAAGGAAAGAUGCCGAAAACGAUUAGUGUAAGAGUCACCACGAUGGAUGCUGAGCUGGAGUUCGCCAUCCAGCCCAAUACAACAGGAAAGCAGCUCUUUGACCAGGUGGUAAAGACCAUUGGGCUGCGGGAGGUUUGGUACUUUGGACUCCAAUACCAGGAUACAAAGGGUUUUUCUACAUGGCUCAAGCUCAAUAAGAAGGUGACAGCCCAGGAUGUGAGGAAGGAAAGCCCGCUGCUGUUUAAGUUUCGUGCCAAAUUCUUCCCCGAGGAUGUUUCAGAGGAGUUAAUCCAGGAUGCCACGCAGCGGCUGUUCUUCCUGCAGGUGAAAGAGGGAAUCUUAAAUGACGACAUCUACUGCCCCCCAGAGACGGCUGUCCUGCUGGCCUCCUACGCCGUCCAGGCCAAGUACGCAGACUACAAUAAGGAAGUUCACGUAGCGGGCUACCUGUCCGGUGAACAGCUGCUCCCUCAGAGAGUCCUGGACCAGCACAAACUCAACAAGGAGCAGUGGGAGGAGAGGAUCCAGGUGUGGCACGAAGAGCACAAGAGCAUGAUGAGAGAGGAAUCCAUGAUGGAGUAUCUGAAGAUCGCUCAGGACCUUGAGAUGUAUGGAGUCAACUACUUCAACAUCAAGAAUAAGAAGGGAACAGAGCUGUGGUUGGGAGUGGAUGCACUGGGACUCAACAUUUAUGAACAGAAUGACAAGAUGACACCCAAAAUUGGAUUUCCUUGGAGUGAAAUACGGAACAUUUCCUUCAAUGACAAGAAGUUUGUCAUUAAACCAAUUGACAAAAAAGCUCCCGACUUUGUAUUCUAUGCUCCAAGACUGCGCAUCAACAAGCGCAUUCUGGCUCUGUGCAUGGGCAACCACGAGCUGUACAUGCGCCGCCGCAAACCCGACACCAUCGAAGUGCAGCAGAUGAAGGCUCAGGCUCGGGAGGAGAAGAAUCACAAGAAGAUGGAAAGAGCUCUGCUGGAGAAUGAGAAGAGGAAGCGAGAAGUUGCUGAAAAGGAAAAGGAAAAGAUUGAGCAGGAAAAGGAGGAAUUAAUUGAGAAAUUGAAGCAGAUUGAGGAGCAGACAAAAAAAGCCCAGCAAGAGCUGGAGGAGCAAACACACAAGGCCCUGGAGCUGGAGCAUGAGAGGAAGCGAGCACAGGAGGAGGCUGAACGUCUGGAGUCUGAGCUGAUGGGCGCUGAGGAUGCCAAGAUGGCUCUGAUGCAGCAGUCAGAGAACCAGAUGAAAAACCAAGAACACCUGGCCACAGAGUUGGCUGAUCUGACUUCAAAGAUCUCCCUCCUGGAGGACGCCAAAAAGAAGAAGGAAGAUGAGGCGACACAGUGGCAACACAAGGCCACCGAGGUGCAGGAGGACCUGGAGAAGACCAAAGAAGAGCUUAAAAUCAAAGUGAUGGCUGCUCACGUUCAGGAGCCCCUCAACGUGGAAAAUGAAAACGACGAGAAUGACGAGAGCAGCGACCAGGCCAGCGCCGACUUUGCCUCUGCCGUCACGUACAAGGACCGCAGUGAAGAGGAGCGCAUGACUGAGGCUGAGAAGAAUGAGCGUUUGCAGAAACAUCUACUCGCUUUGAGCUCAGAGUUGGCCAACGCUCGGGACGAGACCAAGAAAACGGCGAACGACAUGAUCCACGCAGAGAACAUGAAAGCUGGACGAGACAAGUACAAGACCCUCAGACAGAUCCGGUCAGGAAACACCAAACAGCGCAUCGACGAGUUUGAAUGCAUGUGAUGUGACGCACGCAUGCACCGAUGCAAAAGCCCAUUCAGCUGGGCCUUUCUGCCUGGACUGCAGUCCUGCCUCACUCAAGCUGUUUUUUUUCUCUGUGCGCAAAUAAAUAAGAUCCAUAACAUGACGUGGCUGCACGAGCACAGCACAACGUACAAACAAGGAUCUGGAAAAUUCCAUUUGUUAUCGUUCCUAACUUUGAAUUUAGGCAAGUCACUGGUUUAAAGGGACAUACUGUAUUUUAUAGUGCAUUCCUCACAAAGGGGUUUAUGUAGCAUUUAUAGUAACGGGCUCGCGCCUCAUUCCAUGACACCUUGAGUUAGCAUUUUUUGAUUUCUUUAUAUACUUCUGUCACAUUUUUCUAUCAUAAUUUCAAAGACUCAGAGCAAUCCAAAUUUUUAGUGAGCUGUGCCUAGAAACUUUUUUUCUGCUGGAUUUUUCAGACAAUAAUAUUCAUCCCUUGACUCAUAGUUGUACACACUUAUCAAAUGCACUGUAGGCUACAUGAGCAAAAACAGAUGAAACGACUGAAGUGUUUGGUUGAAGCAUUCAUCAUGCAGUAUUAUAUUUUGUAAAAUUAGAAUUUACUUUUGUAAUUGUCUCUAUUGCGAAUCUUACAGCUGUUACAAACAUCACAGUAUUUACAAAUGAUUUCAUCUUUUGUUUGUUGUUACAUUUCUUGACACCUUCAACUCAGUUUACAUCUGUAAAACUUCGAAAAAAAAAUUCCGAAGAAAAUCCUAAAAUUAAAACCCCAAAUUAACUUUCACAUGCAACAUUAAACACAGAUUUCAUUUAGGUUAAAGAUGCAAAUAUCUAAUGCAAAGUGGUGUGUGUAAAGAAUAAGAUUUUUUUUAUCCUACAUACUCUGAAGAAUAGAGAUUUGAAUUGUAUCACCAAAAUUAAAUAAACACUUCCAGUUGUCACUAUUUCUGUAACUUAGUGUAAAUCCUUGUUGUCAUCAGUUCAAUGCAACAUUCAUUUCAAAAAGUUUGAAGUUGAUUUUAACUUUACAAUAAUUGUGUGACUUAUUUAAAUUUUUAGGAUCUGCUCAUCAGUGAAACUGUUGUUUGAUAAUUCAAUUAAUUAGACUCUUUUGCAUUGAUGCAACCAGCACUGGGGAAGGAAUUACACUGUAAUAUCAGUUGUUAAGUUGGGUUUUCUGAAUGAACAAAUGCCAAUAAAGUUGGAGUUUAGUUUUAACUUCUCGACAGAGAUAUUUUUCCAAAAUAUCCCAAGAAUUUGAUGCAUAAAAUAAAAAAUAACUCCAUUUAUCAUGCACUGGAAAACUUUAGAAAACUGCUAUCCUAUGAGGGCGCUAUUUCCAAUACAUGCAUUAUUGAUUAUUGGUAUACUGUGUGUAUUUAAUUGCAUUUGUGUAUUUUGUAAUUGGGAUUUUUCAGUUAUGAUAAAGGUGCAAAAAAGGAGACCUCUGAGGAUAUUUUUGUAUGAUCAAAGUCUUGAAGUAUUUCAGUCAGAGGGGACAGUUUUUGAUUCAAAAUGAAAAGCAUUUUGAAAAUAGUAUUUUAUUAUUAAGUCAAUAAACAGCUCAGUGCUGCGGCUGUUAGCUGAUGGAACAAGUCUGUGACAUGGAAUUCCUGUUUCUGGUAUAUUGAUUGAAAGGUAAUAUAAUAUACCAAAAUACAAUUUUGCAUAAAAAAGAACAUUUCUUUGUGCCAUUAAUUUUUGGCAUUCUGCCACGUAAAUAAUUUAGCUAGUUCAUAGAUUUUUAGAAUUUAGUAUUUGAGAUCUAUUUACACUAUUUUGCUACGGACAAAGUAUUGUAGUGAUAAAUAUUUCUUUUUAAUUAUAAUGUCUGUUAUUGAAUCAACAUCUGUCAUUUGUGCCAGGAUGCAUUUUUGAUAUCCAGUGUCUUUGUGUGUAAUAAUGUGCAGUAGUUCAUGUAUCUGCCAUGAAAUGUAAACAUGUAGUUGUUGCUGUUAUGGGACACUUCUCAUUCUCUGUGUGUCUCUGCUUUUGACAUUAAGUUUCUAUGAUGCUAGACUGAAUGAUUGACCGUGUAUCCGAAGCCUUCCUCUAACAUUCUCAGAGUGUCAUUUGGACUCCAGUCACCACGAGUGAAAAAUAAAUGUAUUAAAAGAUGCUACUCAAUAUCUUGAAUCAAAAAACAGACUGAAACAUAAUGAAUACUGUAAAUUGACAGACAGUGCCUUGCCCAGGUUAUUCAUCAGAUCUUGCUGCUUAAUAGUCUUUCUUUCAUAAAUGAAUAAAAGUCAGAUUAAACUGA